AAGUGGUGCUCCUUUGGCUGGCAGAGACAGGAGAGCGCGGAGUGGUGGGGUGUGGAGGUGGCGGCGGGGCACCCUUCUCAGUAUGCAGCGAUUACUCUUUCCGCCCUUGAAGGCCUCGUUGGGGAGCCCGUGUCUCCGGCUCCUGGUUCCUAGGGCGGCGCCCAGAGCACAGUGUGGUUGCAGCUGUGGGACCAGGCGCCCCUUGAGGCCAGGUCAAUACAGCACCGUCUCUGAAGUAGCCUUGCAAUCUGGAAGGGGUACGGUAUCCCUUCCCUCAAAGGCUGCUGAGCGGGUGGUGGGCCGAUGGCUCCUGGUCUGCAGUGGAACAGUGGCUGGAGCAGUUAUUCUUGGUGGAGUAACUAGGUUGACAGAGUCUGGCCUCUCAAUGGUAGAUUGGCAUUUAAUAAAGGAGAUGAAGCCACCUACAAGCCAAGAGGAAUGGGAAGCAGAAUUCCAAAAAUACCAGCAAUUUCCAGAAUUUAAAAUCUUGAAUCAUGAUAUGACGUUGGCAGAAUUCAAGUUCAUCUGGUACAUGGAGUACUCACAUCGAAUGUGGGGUCGUCUUGUAGGCCUCGCAUACAUCCUGCCUGCUGCCUACUUUUGGAGAAAGGGCUGGCUCAGCCGCAACAUGAAAGGACGUGUUCUUGCCCUUUGUGGUUUAGUCUGCUUCCAGGGUCUCUUGGGAUGGUAUAUGGUGAAAAGUGGAUUAGAAGAGAAACCAGACUCCCAUGACAUCCCUCGGGUCAGUCAGUACCGCCUCGCUGCCCACCUGGGAUCAGCCCUUGUUCUUUAUUGUGCCAGCCUGUGGACCUCGCUCUCACUGCUGCUCCCUCAGCACAAGUUGCCUGAAACCCGUCAACUCCUGUGGUUGAGACGGUUUGCUCAUGGAACAGCAGGCCUGGUGUUCCUUACAGCUCUAUCAGGGGCUUUUGUGGCAGGACUGGAUGCUGGGCUUGUUUACAACUCCUUUCCCAAGAUGGGAGAAUCUUGGAUCCCACAGGAUCUCCUUACCUUCUCCCCCAUCCUGAGGAAUGUUUUUGAGAAUCCCACCAUGGUGCAGUUUGAUCACCGGAUUCUGGGAAUCACUUCAGUUACUGCCGUUACAGCGCUCUACUUCCUCUCCCGGAGAAUUCCCCUUCCUCCAAGGACCAAGGUGGCAGCAGCGACUCUGUUAGCUUUGGCAUACACACAGGUGGGCCUGGGCAUUAGCACUCUGCUGAUGUACGUCCCGACUGUUUUGGCUGCCGCUCACCAGUCAGGCUCCCUGGCUCUGCUCAGUGUUGCCCUUUGGCUCAUGAACGAACUCCGAAGAGUUCCAAAAUAAUUCUCAGAGGAUCAGCUUUCUAGGACUGAAACUGUGCUUUUGAGAGCUCAUCAGAGAGUAUAAGAACUGGGCUUUUCUAAGAGGAUGACCUUGGCAUACCAAGCGGUUUCCAAAUUGGUCAAGUUAUUUAAAAUUCUUUGCCUGUUUCUGAGACAGUCACUGGAUCAAGAAUGUCAAUAUGGUUACACUAAAGGUUCCUUUUCAGGUUGGAAAUCAGGUUUAAUGUAGAAAAAGAAACGUCUGCCAUUGCUGCUCCUUAAUAGGCUCUGCCUCGGGUUUCUUAAUGUUGGCAAGCUCUUGGUGCUACAUACAUGAUUUCUGUCUCCUUGACCUCCUGAGUCCUGAAUUCUGCCCAAGUAGAAAUUCUUUAUGAUCUCAACUUCACUUCCAUCAGGUGAAGAUUCAAAGGGAAUGAUUGGAAAUACCCUAAAGUAGCCAGGUAGCCUUCAGCAAGAAAUAGCUAUAUCUUCUAGAAUCCUGAUUUUUAAAAAUGGGGAAAGGGUAGAUUUUGACAAACUUAAUGUCUAUAUGCAGCAAAACAGUUUGUAAGGACAUAGAAAAGGAGGUAAUCACUCGUAACCCACUUGGAUUCAUCAAGCACUAACCUAGUUCCUCUUUUGAUAGUGCUGUUACAUCACUAGGUCAGGUGAUGCAAUAGAUCAUAUAAAUGAGUUCCUGAAAGGGUUUCCUAACAGCCUCAUGGAUAAGAAGAAUAUGGCCUUGAGGGUGUAGUACAUGGAAUCUAUUCAGAUAUUUAAACAAAUUGUUGAUGAAUGAAUUGGUGUGAUUUUAGUCUUGAUAUUUCACAGGGCUUUGUCUUAUUCAACUUUAUUUUUUAAAUCAGUAAUUUGGAUGAAGUCAUCAGAAAGAUCAGAUUUGAGGAUGGAGCAACCCAAUAUUGCUAAUAUAAGAGAUGACAGUCACAACUCAAAACAGUUCCAGAGUGACACCAUCAAGAUGAAAUUAAACAGAUUAUAAAUGUAACAUCCUCAUUUGAAGUAAAUAGAUUGUGUAAGUUUGGGGUGGAGAAACCUGGCUUCAUAUCAUUUCGUAUAAAAAAGACUUAGGGAUUUCAGUUGGCCACAAGCUCAACAUGAGCCAACAAUGUGAUAACACUGAUAAAAAUUAGUGGUGUUUCAGAUUUUAUCAAUAGAAUUGUCACAGCCAUAGUCAGAAUACCUCAGUACAAGUGCUGCAUUUCACUCUGGGUACCAAAUUUAGGGAGAACAUUGACCACAGAGUAUGUAUCCAGAGGAAGGGACCAGGAUGGUGAGGAGUCCGGAACCCAUGUCACACAGGGAAUACUUGAAGGAGCUAGGGGUAUUUAGCUGAAGGAGAAGAUUUGGAAAGAGAGCAAAAUUCCUGUCCUUGAGAAGUUGAAGCCCUCUCGUGCAGAAGGAAUGAGCUUCCUUUGUGCUGCACAGCUGGCAGCAAUGGGUGAAAGUUGCAGGAAGCUAGUUUUUAAUUUUGUAUAAGGCAAGAGUAAGUUGGACCAAAUCAAAUGCUCACUAGGGUCAGGGUGGUGGAGACAGUGGCAAACUGGAGAUCAGGAGACCCAGCUAAAGGGCUAAACUGCUGCUGGGCUCUGGCCUGUUGCUGCUUUGCAGGUCCAGGGUUGUCAGAUCUGAUUUUUUAAAGAAGCCAAACAUCUAGAUUUUUGUGUGCAAGCUCUCAAGUGUUGGCAACUAAUUUCAAGUGUUUUAGAACAUUAUGCAGACUGAACACAUCUGGGAGCCAUUAAUGACCUUAGCUUUGCCCAUUUAUAAUCUCUGGACUGGAUGAUCUCAGUUCCCUUUCAGCUUCAAUAUUCUGUGAGUUUCAGUGUGAGCUACAGUGUACCAUUCUCAAGUGGUUCUUAG